UUGUAGCAACGGCCCUUAACAACCCACCAGGCUCAUGGAGAAUGUCCGCGCCCGUGUGUGAAGGAAUGCCAGGCGUCACAGAGGGAAACACACCGAGAACAGGACACAGUGAAGUGUGAUCAAAGCUGACAUCGUCACAUCGAUGACUUUAAUUUAAUCCCGUUGCUUUUUGGUGAAUAUGGGAUGCUGCAGUUCCACUGUUACAGCGGUCCGACCGCUGGUGGAUGGAGAUCAGGAUGAGACAGGAAGUAAACUGGGUAGUCGUGGAGACUCUGCUGUGUCAAAGGGCACCACAGACAGUGGGGUGGUGAUGGAGAACAAGGAAAUGCCCGUAUUACCUGGAGCGGUGCCCAGAAUUCUCCCUCCUCUAACAUUGGGGUGUGGUGGAGCAAGUGUGGCAGACAGAAUUGCCCAAGAUGGUGUGCAUGAGCGUCAAAAGUCCAGUGAGAUCCUGGAGGAACUCCUGAACCAAGGUAUCAUCUCAGAGGGAAAGAGCAGAGAAAGGAGCAACAUGGCUGGAGAGGCCUACAACAUCAUACUGGAUGACAAGGAUUUGGUCAGGCGAAGGCCUCCCUCCAGACUGGAGUCUCUGAAGGCAAAGAAGAUGCAGAGUGUCCCCAGCAGAGAAGAGAUUGAUGAGAAGAUAAGACUAGCUGAAGAGAGACGCAAGUCAAGGGAAGACGAGCUCAAGGCGCGUUUAAGGACUAAGUCGGCGCGUGUACGUGUCCGUGUCCCCGUCUCCAAUGCGACCAAGGAUGAAGACACAUCCGGCACUCCUGUGGAGGCAUUUCAGUCACCUGUCACCUCUGACCCACCUCCACAGUUUCAUAACCAAGGCGCAUGCAGUUUGGCAGAGGGGAAAGAGUGUGUGAGCGAGGCUGGACAUGACAGCAGUGAGUGUGGAGAAGAAACGGGUAGAAAAGAGAAUAGAAAAGGGGGAGAGAAGGAAGGAGAGAGUGGAGACAACAGAGAGGAAGGUGCAGAGAGCGUGAGUGCUGGUGGGGAAGAGGAGGAGUUGAAGCAGGUGACAGAACUCCAGGAGAUGAAGCUCCUCACUGAGUGAUUCUAGCUUUCAGCAUGCAGAGGAGAAAAUGGAGACAUUUGAAAUCAUCACACAAAUAAGCCAUUAAUCACAGAGCGAGCGAGGGAAAAUGACAGGAAGCCAAAAAUUAUUACUUUUCUACUGAGAGGCCUGUUGUAACAUAGAUUCAUAUGUUGUUUAUAGAGAUACUGACAAAGGUAAUUAAGCUGUGACUGGUCACUUUAAAUGAGGUAAAUGUUAAGGAGAAUUGAAUCAUUUCCACUGCAGGGAAGCACACUGGCCUCAACUGUAGCCCAACAAUAAGCACAUGUGUGCUUUAAAUGAGUGACUGAAUUCUUAAGAUUUAAUGCUCUUGCCAACACACCAAAAUGACUUGUUUUACACGGUAGUUGUUCAUUGUUCAGUCUAAUUCAGCAUAUAAAAGCUGAAUCUUGGGCAUUAUUUCUGUAAAACACAAGAUGGCGCUGUUUCAGAGGGUAGAAGUUGUGCAGUCAGUGGCAUGAGCGCCUGAUCUUAAGGGACAGCUGAUGUUAACAUGGUUGGAAAGUGCCUUUACUUAUAUGUGUAAAGUGAUGUUGUUAACAAUCAAUAAAGUUCCAUAUUUUCCCCGUAAA